AUGAGUUACUCUAGAAUCCUCGCCCUCCUCGCAGCAGCCGGCAUGCCCCUGGCCCAGGCAGCCGUGCCCACCAUCGACGGCUUCACCCUGACGUGGUCAGACGACUUCGUCGGCACUGCUAAUAGCUUGCCCAACACGGCCAACUGGCUCUUCUCCACGGGAACAUCCUACCCUGGCGGCGCAUCGAACUGGGGCACCGGCGAGAUCCAGACCUACACCUCGAGCACCGAGAACCUGGCCCUCACCGGCAACGGCACCCUGGGCAUCACCGCGCGCAAGGACGCCUCGGGCGCCUGGACGUCGGCCCGUGUCGAGACCCAGCGGACGGACUUUGCGUGUGCCGCCGGGGGCAAGCUGCGGAUCGUCGGAAGCCUCUCGCUGCCGCCCCUGGGUGAGAAUGGGAUUGGGUACUGGCCGGCGUUCUGGGCGCUCGGUGGGCAGUUCCGGGGAAACUACCAGAACUGGCCCCAAGUCGGCGAGCUCGACAUAAUGGAGAACGUCAACGCCGUGAACAGGCUGUACGGAACGCUGCACUGCGGAGUCAACCCGGGAGGCCCAUGUGAUGAGACCAAUGGCAUCUCGGGGAACACGGUGCCGCAGACGCCAAUGCAGGGCAACUUCCUGCGGUACACGGUCGAGGUGGACCGCACCGACUCCUCCGCCGAGGCCAUCCGCUGGUACCUCGGCGACACGCUGUACCACCAGGUGACGGCGGCGCAGGUCGGCGACGCCACCGUCUGGGCCGACGCUGUCCAUGGCUCGUACUUUGUCCUCCUCAACUUGGCAAUUGGGGGUUCGUUCCCUGAUAAGGUGUACGGGAGCACGACGCCUAUUGCGAGCACGGCGUCUUCUGGGACUAUGUUUGUCGACAUUUAA